AUGUCCAGUUACGGUGACGGUAUGGUCAACAGUCUGGUGUACCACGACAGUACUGCAAACUUUUCUCCUAAAAAAAGUUUAGAACCCUGCAGAUCCCUUAUUCUCGCCUACUCACCGGUUGAUGAGGACAGUCUC